UUUAAUGCCACUAUUUCGAACAACCGCCUGAAUUUGUUCCGCCGGUGUCUCAGCAUAAGUGAAGUGUGCAGACACAGCCAAGACCAGAAUUCUCACACGCGAUAGCUUUCUUCAUCACAUCUCUACGGAGCCGACUCUAAGCCAGCACUUUCCUGGUCGGUGCCAUCCCAAGGUAAUCCUUAGGCUUCUAGGUCCUCUCAAACUGCGCCGGACUCGUCCUCUCUAUGGAAAGCAACAAGGAUGAGGCACUGAAAUGUCUCGCCAUUGCUCAGAAGCACAAAGACACGGGGAACUUCUCUGCAGCGCGCAAGUUUGCGCGGAAGUCGAUUAGUUUGUUCGUCACACCCGAGGCAGAAAAGUUGCUCGAAUCGAUAGAGGCCGCCGCAGCCGGGGCAGGAUCCUCGAGUGGGGAUGCGACGACCACGAAUGCAAAUGGCAACAGCACACAGGCGUCGUCAUCGGCCACGCAAACCCAUCCCUCGGCGGCUGGUUUUAAACAACGGACUGCAGAUGCUACUGGGGCUGCGGGAAAAGAGAAGAGAGAAUAUACUGUGGAGCAACUGAAGGUGGUGAAGCGGGUCAAGACAUGCAAGAUUACCGACUACUACGAAAUUCUGGAAGUGAAACGAGAUUGCGGGGAGACCGAAAUUAAAAAGGCGUAUCGAAAGCUUGCCCUUGCUCUCCAUCCCGACAAGAAUGGUGCACCGGGGGCUGACGAGGCGUUCAAGAUGGUAUCGAAGGCAUUCCAAGUGCUAUCAGAUCCCCAAAAGCGUGCAGCAUUCGAUCAACAUGGCUCUGAUCCUGAAUCGAGAUUUAGUGGCAUGUCGUCGAGCAUGUCACCAGGUUUCUCUCCGGGAACGUUCACUAGCUUCGAAGGGGAGAUGAGCCCAGAGGAGCUAUUCAAUAUGUUCUUUGGAGGUGGGAUGAACGGUGGCUUUGGUGCAGGCCCCUUUGGAGGACCUGUGUUCACUGCGACGUUUGGCCCCGGCGGUUUUCGCAGGACUCGUAUGCACGUCAAUAGGCGUACACCGCCCAAUACAGAAGGCCAGCAGGGUCAGGCACGGCCGUUGUUCCUACAACUGCUCCCACUGCUACUUCUCUUCGCGUUUUCCAUCCUAUCCGCCCUCCCUAACCUGUUGUCCUCUUCGACACCUGACCCCCGUUUCGCGUUCUCUCAUUCGCCGAGGUUUAACAUUGAGCGACAAACGACUAAUUUGGGUAUACGGUACCAUGUCAAUGGCCCGGAAUUCCUUAAUCACCCCAAGAUUGCUGCAGAUCUUGCGGGCGGGCCUGUACGAAGAGGUUCGGCGCUCGCUCGUUUUGAAAGCCAAGUGGAACACACCUACACUCAAGAUCGAUAUGCGGAAUGUCAGCGCGGUAUGAACGAACGAGAAAGGCGGAAGGAGGCGGAAAUAGGAUUUUUCGGUGUUGGGACGGACUGGGAGAAGGUGAAACGAAUUGAGGCGGAGAGGAUUGAGAGUUGUGAGGAACUGAGGAGGUUGGGUGUCCUUGGAUGACGAGCUCGGAGCAGACCUACCUAUGGCGUAUUUAUACCAUUCCGGCACUAAUGUUCUCAAAUAUCAUGGACCUGGCUAGACUAGUUGGUUGGACGCGUGAAUUAAUUUAAAGAGCGUUUAUACAACGAUGGCAUUUUCCAAAAGAAUUAUUCCUCCGUCCAGGUUGUCUACGCAGCUUCCUGAACCCGACUUCUCUCCAGCCUGAGGUAGUACUCCUCCUGACGUUGUACUGUGAAAAAUAUGAGACGGUUUGUUCCGAGGUGGUUUACGCUCGAUACAUACGCGAUUUUAAGUGAAUGACAUACCAAAAACCAUAAGCAGCAGUGACGCCGAGACCGAGGCCGACGGAAAGGUCGAGCCAGAGCCUCUUUCUGAGCAUUCCAGUGAUGGGUGCGAUGGGCAUGGUAGUGUGUGCGGUCCAAGUCGGGAGGAGA